UUCGGGGAUAUAUAGGUCCGAGCUUUUCGCAUGAUCGCUUCACUUCUCGCAUUUUUCUCGCUGUUCUCAUCCGCGAUGGCCGCCAACAAGGAACGUACCUUCAUCAUGAUCAAGCCCGACGGAGUCCAGCGUGGACUCGUCGGCCAGAUCAUGCAGCGCUUCGAGGCCAAGGGCUUCAAGCUGGUCGCGAUGAAGUUCAUGUGGCCAUCGAAGGAGCUGCUCGAGAAGCACUACGCCGACCUGUCGGCCCGUCCGUUCUUCCCCGGACUGGUCACGUACAUGAGCUCCGGCCCGGUCGUGCCGAUGGUCUGGGAGGGCCUGAACGCCGUCAAGACCGGCCGCAAGAUGCUGGGCGCCACCAACCCGGCCGACUCCGAGCCCGGCACCAUCCGUGGCGAUCUGUGCGUCCAGGUCGGACGUAACAUCAUCCACGGCUCGGAUGCGGUCGAAUCGGCCAACAAGGAGAUCGCUCUGUGGUUCAAGGACGAGGAGCUGGUAUCCUGGACGCCGGCCACCGAAGGAUGGGUGUACGAGUAAAGCGCUUGUUCUCGGUGCAAACACUCACACACACGCGGGCUAACACUGAAACAAUCAAGCAUUUACACACUCACAGACACACAAACACACACUCUCUAACUCUCUAAUCACUGUGUGAAGGAGAAGAAGGAGGAAAAGGAGUAUUCCUGUUUUAUUUUAUACAAUUAUGUGUAUCGUCGUACUCAAGUUUGCUUUUAAAAGUGUGCUUCUGGAACACUGAGAACGCGAAAGGAAGAAUAAAAAUGCUAGAGAAAUGGAAAA